CACAGCCGCAGCGAGAUCAUCCUGAUUGGCGUGAUCACCCAUAGUGGUGUCAGUUUGCCUUGGUUGUUGACGGUUCUGACGUUCUAAUCUCGCUAGUUAUUCGUUGGUGAGCUGAUGCAAUGGUCCUUGUGCGUUGCUCCGAGUAUGUCUACUGGUCAUGCACCUGGAUCAUUAGCUGUGACAAAGAAACAGAGGCGAGUUAGAUAUCUUAGACUUAAAAUUAAACUGAAAAGUAGAGGUAAAAAAAAUCUGGUCCCCGGCAAUGGCGCAAAAACUUGAUACACUAAAUAUGAAUCUUUGCUACUGCCAAGUUAACAGUUGUGAUUAUAGUACUUUAGAUUCAAUCCAGAGGACCAGUCUACACUUUACUCUUAUAAAUUUCAAUGACAAGCUAAGAAGAAAAUGGUUUUCAAUUCAAUUGGUGACGCGGAAAACAAGUAAACUAGAGUUUGAUUCAAUUUAACAAGAAGCUAGCCUAGGGUAUUUCAUUGGGUGUUGAGCGAGAGCCAAACAAUUAUUCAAGCGCGAUGAAGUGCUUUCUAGAACUCGGAUCACUCAGCUGGAACACCCCACUGUCGUGGUGGUGAUCUCUUUGCUGGUCGAUCCCAUCAUCUAACUGUCGUUGAGAUGAGAAACGACUGCAAGCCUUAGAGAUCAGGUCCGAUCAGUUCACUUACUACCCUAAUAUCUACUUUCGCUGAUUAGGGAUACUACACUACAGGAAAUGUGGGUAUUAAUAGCGUCGUAGCAUAGCGUUUUUUGCUUCUCUGCUAUUGUAUAUAAACACGGGCCUUUAUAAUAGCGUUUUUGAAAUGUAUAAGCUAUCUUUGUAGUCGCAGGAAAAUAAAAUAAUUCAGCCGCGUUAAUUUGGUAAGUGGAGGCGCCUUACCAUUGCAAAUCAAAAACUAAAUGCUAUCGUAUAUGAAAAAAUAUAUUAAAAAUAACUUAAGUAUUAAUCGAAACCGAGACUUCAUUCUCUUCACUUCACUCUCUUCACAUUCCUCAAAAUCAAAACCGACUCAUCGAAGUUCUUCAGAGUUCUCUCGAGUCGAAGCUUCAAUUGGUAUGAGUUUCGAUUUGAUUCUGAGUUUAGAAUAGAGACUGGUUCUCUCGAGUCGAAUCUCUUUGAUUUUGGGUUUCUCUUUGAUUCAAAUCUCUUUUCACAUGCAUGUCCGCGUUAACACAUGAUUCGAUUUUGAUUGUGGGUUUCGAUUAGGUUUCGAUUAGGUUUUGAAUAUGAUUGUGGGUUUCGAUUAGGUUUUGAAUAUGAUUGUGGGUUUUAGUUUGAUUUUGAAUAUGAUUGAAGGUUUCGAUUUGAUUUUGGGUUUAGAUUUUUUGAUCGAAUGGCUUGAUUUGAUUUUGGAUUUGUUUAUCAGUUUCAGAAAUGGCAAAGACAAGAGGACAAGUUGGUUCUCGUCGGAGUAAACGUAAUCAAGGCUUGGAGGUAGUAGAUCAAGAGGACAAGGCACCGCAACUAAAAGUGAAGAAAAGAACAGCAAAGAAAACGGCGUCCCCUAAAAAGAAUUUAGUUUUAACGCCAACGAGAAGAAGUAGUAGAAUCAAGAAAGUGGCUGCUGAAGAUGAUUACAUAGAAGAUGUUACACUUCCUAAGGAUGAUGAAGUACAAGAUGUAACACCUACUCAGGAUGAUGAAGUAGAAGAUGGUCAGGCUGAGAAGUCAAUGUCUGAAGAAGAUAAAGACGAUGAAGAGGAUGUUAAUGGGAAAGAGGAUGAAGAAGAUGGCGAUGUCAAUGGGAAAGAGAAUGAAGAAAAUGGAGAUCUCAAUGGGAAAGAGAAUGAAGAAGAACCGGCCAAUAUGGAAGAUGAUGGAGUUCUUAAUGAGAAAGGGAACGAAGAGGAAGCUUGCGAAGAAGAAGCUCGCGAUAUGGAAGAAGAUGGCACUGCGCAAGAUGAUGAGAUUCCUAGUACUGAAGGAGUUAAGCUAGCAGGGGAGGAAGUUUCAAAAAAAAAAAAAAAGAGGACCUACAAAGUUGCGUAGAGUGGCUGAAAAUCCCAGUGAUAAGAUUAUGGUCACAUUCAAUGACAUUGGUGAGCAUGUUGGACCUGGUUCAGUAACCCUAUCGUCGUUUCUUGGUCCUCUUGUGAGGGAACAUGUUCCGGUUACACUUGCCGAUUGGAGAAAACUUGAUGCAGCGACUAAAGCAACAAUGUGGGAAGAAAUUCAGGUUUGUAUAUAUAUUAGUAUGUUUUGUUUAACCGCAAGAUGAAAUUAUAAACAUGUUUAACUUGAUUAUUGUGAUGCAGGGGAGGUUUAACUUGCAAGAAGAGUGGCAGAAAGCUGUUAUUUUCAAGCAGCUGGGAAAUGUGUGGAGGGCUGGGAAGUCAAGGCUGGUGUCACAAGUACGUGUGGCGAAGACUGCAGCUGAGAGAAUAGCUUUAAAACCGAGCAACAUCCCAUCCCUUCAACUGUGGAACACUUGGGUUAAGAGUAAGACUACCAAAUCUUUCACAGAAACGAGUAACAAGUACAGAGCGAUGAGAAGAAAUCAGAUUCCUCACACCACCAGCCGCAAAGGAAUGCUUCGUUUAGCUGAUGAUAUGGUAAAAGAGUAGUCAAACAUCUACAUAUUGUAGAUCAGCUUGUUAGAUUAAAAUGGUAGUGAGAUAUGUUUGUUUUCAUAUAGAAAAAAAAGAGUAAAGACCCAAGUAAGGUGAGUAGAUCCAAGGUUUGGAUUGCGGGACACACUCAUGCUGAUGGCAGACCUGUGAAGCCCCAGUUUGCUGAGACUAUUGUAAGCAUUAUGGAAGUUGUAUAUUGUGUAUAGUUAAUAGACUAUGGCAAUGAAUGAUUUUGUGUUUAAAUGAUUGUAUCAGGAACAAAUACAGUCACUUGACAGUCGGAUGGACUCCACAUCAGCUGCUGAUAACAUAAGGGAAGAUGCUGUGAGCAAGGUUUUGGGAAAAGACAAACCUGGACGAGUAAGGGGCUUUGGUAGAGGGAUUACAGCUAAUAAGCUAGCAUAUCUGCAAUUUAGAGACGCUAAGAUUGCAGAAAUGAAAAGUGAGAUUGAAGAGUUAAAGGGGAUGGUGCGAGAAUUAGCUGAGAAGAAGAAAAGUAAUGUUGAUGCUGAAACAUCUGAGAGUAGUGGUGGAUUCAAAGAAGGAGUCAGAGUACAAAUACUGGAUUGGAUUGAAUCAGAGGAUGUUGUUGUUGGUGAAGGAGAAUUCUGCUCUGCUGAACCGAAGUACAAAAUUGGUCGUAUACCAAUUGGUCCUAAUGCAGUGGCUAUCGUAGUUAAGUAUGCACUAAGCGCAUCAGCUUCACUCUGGAGGCCUACUACGGAUGUGUUAACUCUUGAUGAAGCUGUGGGAUACAAGAUAUCUUGGCCAAUGGAUAAAGUGAUUUUGGAUAAGGAUCCAAACUGUUCUGAAGAUUUAUCUAUGCAAAGCAAGGAAGGUGAAUAUCGAAGAUGCAAGAUAUAUGAUUGGACCAAUGAUGAGGACGAGGUCAUUGCUGAAGGUCUCGUGUGCUCUUCAAAAUCCAAAGACAUGGUUAACAACAUACCUCUGGGUCCCAAUGCUGUUAGUGUCGAAGUAGUGAAGGUGUUCAAUGAUCAAGCAUAUUUGUGGAGGCCAACCGCUGAUAUGUUCUUGAUUGGUGAUGCACUUAGCGAGAAAAUAGCAUGGCCAGUCCUAAAGGUUGAAGUCAUGCCUACACCUGCUACAGAAGUAACACCAACUAAAUGUGCAGGGAAGAAAAUAGCAUCACCUUCGAAGCCAGCCAAGAAAAAAGCAGUGAGUCCAGGCAGCACUAGUUCGACCAGAAGUCCGAAGCAGAAGUGCACUCUCUUGGAUUGCAACAACUCUGGACGUAAGGUAGCUGAAGGAAGGGUAGCUUCAACGGAUCCGAAUGAGUUGUGCCACUUUGUACCCCUAGGUCCAAAUGCAAGCAAGGUGUGGAUUGAUGUGGCUAAGAUCGGUGAUGCAAAAGUCUGGAGGCCAAAUUCAGAGAUUGAAUACAUAUCUGAUGCAAUGGGUUCGGUUGUGGCAUGGCCAAAUGACAAAAUCAAGUUUGUCUAAAAUUGUCGUCUGAAACAUUUUUCAAGUUGGUUCUCAUCGGCUAUGUAUUUCUAGUGUGUGAUCGAAUGUUUAGGUACUUUUUUACUCGGUUGAAAUCAUGUAUGAUAUUAUGUAACAGUUAGCAGACAAAAAAACAAAAAUUAUGUGUUAUAUUAUGAUAUAAGGUUAUGUGUGAAAAUGUUUAGCUUGUUAACCCCUAUACCCUUAAGUGCAUAAUUUUACAUUAAACCAUAAGCUUUAAAAAUUAAAUCCACAGACGGGAAGACCAAAAAUUAAAAUC